AUGGCGACAAACGCGAAGAAGUCUCCGAGUGACUUCCUGCAGAAAGUUAUCGGGCAGCGUGUUGUGGUUCGCCUCAGCAAUGGAACAGACUACCGAGGUGUCUUGACGUGUCUGGACGACCGCAUGAACAUCGCAAUGGACAAAACGGAGGAAUUCGUUGACGGGAACUUCGUCGCCGCGUACGGCCUGUCGUUGAUCCGUGGCAACAACGUGCUGUACAUCAGCGCGGUGGACGAGACGCAGACGUAG